UCUCGUAAAUCGCUGUCACUUUCCGAAGGAUCCACCGAGCUCGAAAAGCUCAAAAACAAUGGCGUCUCUGUCGUGUCUCUCGAUUUGCGGACUUUCAUCCUCCGCCUCUCCCUACACCAAGCCUCGGCUACUUUCUUCUUCGUCUCCGUCGCCGCGCCCUACUCUAGCCUAUCCCUUACAAAACCCUAACAAGCUAUGUAGGAAGGUAAUUUGCAAAGCGGAGUUUUCACAGGACGCACCACUAGUAACCGCCAUUGGUGCUUGUAUCCUCAGUUCAUUUGUUUUUCCAGUGGCGAAACGAGUCAACGAUGAGGAGGAAGAAGAAGAAGAGAACUCAGCGAUUGUUUCAACUGAUUUGAGAUUGGCCGCCAUGGGAAUCAUCAGCUUCAUCCCUUACUUCAAUUGGCUGAGUUGGGUCUUUGCUUGGCUUGACACUGGGAAAUUUCGUUAUGCUGUAUAUGCUCUUGUUUAUCUUCUUCCUUAUUUCAGUUCGAAUCUGUCAAUUUCUCCAGAAGAUAGCUGGUUACCAAUUACAAGCAUUGUCUUGGGCAUUAUUCAUGUUCAGCUUGAAGCAAGCAUUGCAAAUGGUGAUAUUGAGACACUUCGAUUCUUCAGAAACACAUCUGAAGACUUUUCAUCUAAGAAAAGAAUCCAUUUUGACAAACAUUCCAAGGGUAAAAACAGUGACGAUGAAAAUUAAGAAAAGCCCCCCAAAAAGACACACAGAAGAAAAUAAAUGAAUAUUUGUAACAGACCUUUAGCUAUUAGCUUUGUUAAUUUAGUUUUCCUCUGUAUCCGAAUUUUUACAAGGUUAAUUUUGAUAUAGCUGAAAACAACUUCA